AUGACUAGCGUCCGGCAUUUAAAUUAUUCUCGCGAGUUGUUAGUUACCAACCGACUGGCAAGAGGAGGCGUUUUGCUGGCUAACUUAAAGGCUUUGGAUUCUGAUUACUUCGCAAAAACCUGUCUUGGAAGAUCAGAAAAGUUCGGUAUCAUACCGAUGGAAAAAGUGAAUCUUUGGGGCGGCUCUUUGGCUAUUGGCCACCCGUUUGGUGCAACCGGCGUCCGGCUGGUUACUCAUGCAGUUAAUCGCUUAAUUGACACAAAUGGGAGAUUGGCAUUAGUAGCGGCUUGCGCCUCGGGCGGCUUAGGUCACGCGAUGAUUAUUGAACGAUAUGGUUGCUAG